AUGGAGCUGUCGGAUAUCUCUUUCCCCAUCCCCGCCGCCGAUGACUUUUAUGACGACCCGUGCUUCAACACCAGCGACAUGCACUUCUUCGAGGACCUGGACCCGCGGCUGGUCCAUGUGGGCCUGCUGAAGCCGGACGACUCCUCCUCUUCGCCCUCACCCUCCCCUUCCUCCUCCUCUUCCUCCUCCCCGUCCUCCCUCCUGCACCUCCAUCACCACGCCGAGGUGGAGGACGACGAGCACGUCCGCGCCCCCAGCGGGCACCACCAGGCGGGCCGCUGCCUGCUCUGGGCCUGCAAGGCCUGCAAGAGGAAGACCACCAACGCGGACCGGCGGAAGGCGGCCACGCUGCGGGAGCGCCGGCGGCUCAGCAAGGUCAACGACGCCUUCGAGACCCUGAAGCGCUGCACGACGGCCAACCCCAACCAGAGGCUGCCCAAGGUGGAGAUCCUGCGCAACGCCAUCAGCUACAUCGAGUCUCUGCAGGCGCUGCUGCGCGGCGGGCAGGACGACGGCUUCUACCCGGUGCUGGAGCACUACAGCGGGGACUCAGACGCCUCCAGCCCCCGGUCCAACUGCUCCGACGGCAUGACGGAUUUUAACGGCCCGACCUGUCAGUCAAACAGAAGAGGAAGUUAUGACAGCUCUUAUUUCUCCGAGACUCCAAACGGCGGCGUGAAGAGCGCCCGCAGCUCGGUGGUCUCCAGUCUGGACUGUCUGUCCAGCAUCGUGGAGCGAAUCUCCACCGACAACAGCAGCCUGCUCCCACCUGCUGACGCCCCCGGGUCCCCGCAGACGGACCCCGCCGGUGAGGCAGCGGCCCCCGGGCCCGUCCAGGUCCCCUCCCCGACCACCAGCCAGGACCCCAACCUGAUCUAUCAAGUCCUAUAGACCUUCACACCUGGGACUUUACCAUCCUGUCAUGUCACAAAACACACACACACACACACACACACACACACACACACUAAUUUAAUUUAAAGCUACCGGGCUGAGCUGAGUCUUCACAACCUGUCUGCAUCAGCGGUGGCGUUUCAUAAUUCAGAACCAAAGUUCAGCCUGUUUUUAUUUCCUCAAGCUGAAAGUAUGGAGGCUCGUUCCUGCCGGGAAAAUAAUAUAAUCAGAGUGUCAAAGAUCAGGAGUGACCUUUCCGUCUGUCAGAUAAAAAAGUUAAGGCCCAUGUGUAAUCUGACCUUGUACUGAGCUCUCAAGGCUUCGCACAGUGUUCAUCAGAGGACUGAGUUUCAGAUUUUAUAUCAGAGUUUAUAGAUUUUAUAGUAAGCAAGCAAACUCCAUGUGCUGAUGAAGAUCGUGAGAUGAAGUUGAAAGUUUUGUAAGUGGGCCUCGAGUUAAUACUGCUAAAAAACGCCAGUCUAAAUCUUAAUUCAGUCUUAGUUCGAUAAUUCUCAGCAUGACAGUGAAUAAUAAUUACAAGAUAAAGUCAGAAUUACAUGAUGCUAAUUUAUAUUUGUAGCCUAAAUGAAAUUUUUAGUCUUAUUUUAUCAUUUUUUUUUAAAUAGAUUUUGUCAAUCUGACACAAGGAAAUUAAUAAAAAGCUGAAAUAUGUAAAAAUAAAAAACAAUGAAAGUGAGGAGGUGGCUCGCCAAAGCUGAUUAUCAUUCCAAAGUUUCCAUACCAUAGAUUUAUUUUCCUGGCAUGAACGAUCUUCCGUACUUCAGCAUAUCCGAGCCCCAGAUUCUCUUUCCUGCUGUUAAACUUAUCUGUAGAUUUAGAUAAAAACCACUUGGAUGCUGAGAAAUGUUGUUUUAUUUUGAACAGGUUUACUGAUCGGUUCAGUUCUUGCUGUACUUUUAUUUUAAGUUAUGAGAAAAUAUUUUAACGGCUCAGCUGAGUCAUUCAGAUGGAUUUUUCUUCCUUUCUGUUUAAAAGUCUAUUUGAUGAAGGACGGAGGCCAAGAGAGAAAAAAGAAACACAUCCAUUUACAUUCCUCCACUUUCGUCCAUCUGAAGUUGUAAAAAGCCCCAGCUGUUCACUUCCCUCAGGAAACUAAAAGCAACUGCAACAGUCCUGUGAUAUUUUAGAAAGAUGUCGCACGACUGCAGAUUUCUGUGGAAAAACUGAGGUGAUAAAAAACAGAACCCAAAAACAGAUCAAACUGUGUGAGUAUUGUCGUGACAGGAAGUCGGUUCAGACCUCCAUCCUGUCAAACUCCAAAUUUCAUUCACUGCAGCGGAGGACCAUUUUUCUGUUUCUGUACAUAUUAUGUAAAUAAGAGCUGAUUUGUUCCAACUGAAAGUAUUAAUUAUGUAUUUAAUGUUUCUGUCUGUAUGUGCUUUGUUUGUUGUGAAAAUGUUAAACUUUAUAUUUAUACAUCUGAAAAGCGAGUGACAGUCACAUGACAAAUAAAUGAACCUGCUUAUUUAUA